GAUAAAGCACACACACACACACACACACACACAGACACACCGAUAAACACACACAAAAAAAACUAGUGGCACGUGUAAGAACACAAACACACAACGGAAAAAGAAACUUUAUUACAAUACAAAGAUUACACGGUUAUGUAAACUAACCUUUGAUGAUCCCCAUAGUCCCGAGCAUGGCAUGGACGGGAGCUAUCACGUCUCCUUUAUCAUGUCUAUGUGGAGCAGGUAGAUAGUGUGUAGCCGGGAGUCGACGCGGUUAGUAAGACGCCAGCCAUGCCCCCACCUGGUGACCCGGUGUAAGGAAAACACGUGUUCAGUGCAGUGUUGGACUUCGUGGGGUACGUGUGGAAGGCGAGAGGAGCCAAGGAGGAGUUUGAAGGAAAGGAAAGUGAAGUAAUUCGAGUGUGUGAUCGGUGGCCGGCAAGGUCGGGGAUGGGCUGGACGGCAGCGGUGAAAUGGUGGGUGCUGGCCUGCCUGCACACCUGUCUAGAGUGGGUGUUGGCGGUGGUGUUCGGCACGGUGGUCCUGACGCGGCUGGUGUUCGCGUUUAUGCGGGGCGCCGUGAGGGACCCAAGGGUGAGGGACGCGCCCCCGCCCUGCCUGGAGCACCCUGACCUCGGCAGACACAAGUUCCUCAAGCUGCAAAACGUCAAACUUCACUACGUGGAGGCAGGCAACCCCGAGGCCCAGCUGGUGGUGAUGCUGCAUGGGGCGCCGGACUUCUGGUUCACGUGGCGAAAGCAGAUCACCACCCUCAGCCUCGACUUCUGUGUCGUGGCCCUGGACCUGCGCGGGUGUGGUGACUCGGACGCUCCGUCACGCAGCUCCCAGUACGCCACGCCCAUCGUCGCCCGGGACGUGGCCAGCCUCAUCACGGUACUCGGUCGCGACAAGGCUCACCUGGUGUGUGCGGGGCAGGGAGGGCAGGUGGGCUGGUACCUGUCAUACCACUACCCGCAGCUGGUGUCCAAGAUGGUGCUCAUCCACGCCCCGCACCCUUACGUCAUCCGCCAGUACAUCAACACGAGAUGGGCCAACUACCUAAAGUCCUGGUAUCUUUAUUUCGUCCGCCUUCCCUACGUCCCGGAGUUGGCGGCGCACGUCAGCGACAACGGUAUGAUCGACCAGAUGUUCAGCCCCCUGGUGGCUGCGAAGGCAAUCACAGAGGACGAAAUAGAGGCCUAUAAAUUCACCUUCUCCAGGAGAGAGGACUGGCGGGGCCCCUUGAACCAUCUGCGGCAGAUGGACCUGAGUAAGGUGGUCAAGGAGGAGCCGCUGCCAGACGUCAUCACUAAGCCCACGCUGCUGCUUAUGGGGGAGGCGGACCCGGCGCUGCCUAUGGACUUGGCGUAUCGCUCUGCUGAGUACGUGGAGAGAAUCACGGUGCGGCAGGUCAAGGGACGCGGCCACCUAGCACACGUCAGCCAGGCGCCUCAAGUGAACGAGGCCAUCGGGGAGUUUCUGAGGGAGAUGCCGUGGCGCCCCCUCUCGCCGCUGGAGGAGAAGUCGUCCUCGUCCCUGGUGCGCCGCGUCAUGGGUGCCAGCCUCGCCGCCGUCACCUCCACCGUCAACAAGACCACCGGGGCGUUGGAGAUGACCACCCGCGGCCUGCCCAUCGGCUUCAAGACGAUGGCCCAGGGCUCCAUCAAGCUGGCUGAGUCAAAAUUAGGCCUUGAAUACGAUUAUUAACGUUUUUGUAUUGUUCUCAAUAUUUUCACGUCAUCAUUUAAUUUUUUUCCACAUUUCUUCUUUGGUCUAUUUUUAUAUAUUUUUUUUUAUUUCGAUGCUUCUCUUUUAUGAUGAUUCUUCUCUACAUCGUUUAUAUUAAUUUGCCUUAGUCCUUUGUUUACUACCGUAGAACUUUUUUUGGUCACGAUUUCUUCCUAGUUCCAUCUGUUAUUUCGACACAGUUAUCUUAUCUGAUCUUUAUUUUUUCGAUGACCUUGAUUUUCUCACGCCAAUUAUGUACCUCCCCCUGCCCUCUGCCUUCCGCCGGGACACGUUCAUCAAGUCUCCCCACCGUCCCCGAGCACUCAGGCUUGUUAUCAUACCACUUACUAUCACCCUUGACCACUCCUGUAGAGGCACACUGAUAAACCAAGACUCAUCCACCCUCCAUCCCUCCCUCUUGUCUCUCCCUUCCCUCUACAGCCCCCCCUUCCACUCCUAUCCUUCCUUUUUGUCUUUCCUCUAGACUCUCUUCCAAUGGUCUUGUCUCCAUCUCUUUUCUCUUUUAUUUUAAAUGUUUUCAGGAGAAUAAUUUUGUGAUUGCGUUAACAGUUAAUUACUUAUGUGUGGUCUUAGGGUGCUGUUCUUAAAUAUUUUAUCUUUUUAUUCAUUAGCAUCGUCAUUAAUAUUAUAAUUUUUAUAAUUCAGUGUCAUGAGCCAUCAGCAUCAUUAUCAGUCAUCCUCAUUAUCCCUAUAGCCCUCCUCCUCCCUAAUCCUCCCGACUUAUAAAGAUACUCAACGAGGAAAAGGUGAACGAGGUGAUGAAAGGAGUGUGUGUGUGUGUGUGUGUGUGUGUGUGUGUGUGUGUGUGUGUGUGUGUGUGUGUGUGUGUGUGUGUGUGUGUGUGUGUGUCACAAACAACGGAAGGUUGUGUCGACGCAACAUUUCCUCAUAUCACAAGAACAAACAUUUUCCACAACAAUAAAAUAUCUAAUUUUGACUUUUAAUUUUCAAUACCUAUAUAUACGUAGAUAUGGAUGUAAAGUAUUACAUCGCAUAUAUAAUUAUGCUCCGUUUUGUAUUGCAGAAGUAUUUGUUUAUAUAGGAUUGAGAAAGACAAUACUUUACUACUUUUUUGCGUUGGUCAAGCCUAGUAGAAGUGUGCAAGUACUAUCGUUAAAUUAUAAAAGAUUCAUUAUCAAUACAUGUAUAUUUUCAUGCAGACAAGUUAUGGCAUAGAUAAUUGUAUCAAAUUUCAUUCAUUAUAAUGAAAGCGACAGAACUAUGCUAAAAAAUGCAAGUUAUGUAUUGGGAUAGUAACAGCCGAAACCUAUAAAGAGGAUUUUGAUUCGGGAGUCGUGAAGCAAUUCGAAGCUCUGCGUCAUCAGUUAUUCAUCGGCCCCACUGCUAUCCGCUGGGCCGCCCACUCUCGCCAGCAGGGAUGGGGUAUUCGUAUUCGGUAUUCGUAUUCGAAUACAUUCAAAUACAGUAUUUGGGUGUAUUCGUAUUCGCAUUCGAAUACUUGCCAUCUGACAUCAAAGUAUUCGCAUUCGUAUUCGAAUACUUGGGAAAAGUAUUCAUAUUCUUCGAAUACUUAAACAACAGACAUAUGAUCUAUUGUAUGCCUUGUUGUGGUUGAAGCGACAACACUGCCGGGUAGGGAAUUCCCGCACCUGCUCCACGCAAAGCAUCUUGAUAUUUGCAUCCAACUAUAUACCUCUCCCCAUACCCACCCUCCCGGCUCUGAGCCCCCGCUUUCGAUCUUUCUUCGGUAAUAAUUUUAUGUAUGAGGUAAGAUUAAUACCUGUUUUUGUAGCAUCUUUGAAAUCGGCACAUAUCAAAUGUUAUUUUUUAGUCUAGUCUUUUUUAGGCCAAUCUUGGCUUUUUUUACUAAGCAGUCUUGGCUUUUAUGAUUUUCGUGAGUGGCAACACUGGGUCUGGCGGGCGGCGGCCUUCAGUUGCCUCUUACCAGUGGUAGGGUGUGUGUUACUCCAGGACUCCAGGUUUAUUGUUGGAUUUAUUUUGUAUUUUGCUGCCUCCCCCCCUCUGGAAUCCCUGAAUAUUACAGGUAUUUUUUUGUGUUUCUUUCAGUACAGCUUAGGUAUAUACUUGAAAAUUUUGGAAAACAAAUAUGUCUAGGUGUGAUAAACAUGUACAGAAUACUGGCAUCAGUUGUAAGUUCAUUAAGUCAUUUUAUUAUUGAAUAACCUUAGUACCAUAUUAGGCUCAUUGCCGAGCUACCUACAUGAAAAAGUUAUUUUCAACGAAAAGUAUUCAUGAAUGCAUUCAUGAAUACUCUCAUGAAGUAUUCAUAUUUGUAUUCGAAUUAUCAGUGUUUCAGUGUAUUCUUAUUCGUAUAAAUAUGAAGUAUUCGUUUCCGUAUUCGAAUACACAGUCCUUGUAUUCACUCCAUCCCUGAUCGCCAUUGUUGCUGCGGCCCUGAAUGAGAAGGAUAGUUACUCUGUGCCUCUGAGAGACACCACGACAGCUUGCAUAAUUCUUUUCAAGAAAAGUUAAAUAGAUAAGUUUACAUAGGGAUUAUUUUCCGUGUCAGUGAGUUCAAGAUUUUCAAGUUGAGGUGUUUGGGGACUGAAAACGAACUUAAAAAGUUGCAAAAAAAAACGACAAAAACAAAAACUGAGUUGGUUUGACUUCAAACACCAGAUUUUUCCCCCUUAACCAAACAACAAAGGAGAUUAAUAAUUUAAACAAAGGAAAUAGUCAACGGAAACGCAAAUGAAUACAAAAGGACAAUAUAUUUACUAAAUUAAAAUUUACAGAUUUACAAAGAACAACAACAAAAAAACAAAACAAAAAAAAAAAAAACAA